AUGUUAGCGUCCAUUUCACACAUGGAAUCGGUACGCUCUUAUCCCGAAACUCCCACUGGCUCCAUGCGACAGCCAUCUUGGGAGGACUUGGACGCUGCUCAGCAGCUGAUCUCGUCUGCGCAGGCGGGUCGUGAACACCUCGCUCAGCACCACGUUGAUGCUUCUGGUUUCAAGACAUUAGGGAGUCCUCCGCCGAAUCAGGGAUCCGCGACGGGCCAAUUGAGUCGGGAAACAUCCGCUAGUGCCCAGGACAAAACAUCUCCAAGGGCGCAGAAGGAUACUUCUUUUCUGGGACACUCUUGCAGUAAUUGUGGAACGAAAUCCACUCCACUUUGGCGCCGCGCUCCUACGGGAGCGAUGAUCUGCAACGCCUGCGGUCUUUAUUUGAAAGCUCGAAACGUCGCUCGUCCCACGAAACGAAAUCGCAUGCAACAAGGCCCGGAGGCUGAUAAGCCAGCGGUGCAUAACCACCAGCAUGAUCAUUCGACUCAGUCAGAGGGCGGCUGCAAGGGCUCUUGCCCCGGUGGUGGAAGUUGCAAUGGUACCGGUGGAGCAGAAGGAUGCGAUGGCUGCCCGGCCUACAACAACCGUAUCUACAAGGCUUCGCAUCGCGGUGCCGCUCCCGUUCACGGAUCAUGGGGUCGGACAUCUGCCCCUGAGGCAGAGCCAUUGCUUCCUCCUCAAGAACCGGAAGCUCCCGCGAAAAACACUUCUGCCGAUAGCAACUCGACGCUGGUUGCAUGCCAAAAUUGUGGGACGACUGUGACUCCUCUCUGGCGACGGGAUGAGCAUGGUCAUCCCAUUUGCAAUGCCUGUGGACUUUACUACAAGCUGCAUGGCUGCUAUCGCCCCACAACAAUGAAAAAGUCGAUUAUCAAGCGUCGCAAGCGUGUUGUUCCUGCUUUGCGGGACCAGUCUCCCACUGCUGCUACCCAGUCCUCUAAUGGAUCAUCUGCAUCCCCCGAAGCAUCCCCGGCUGUCCUGGCUCAUCACGACGAACACUAUCGUUACAUGAGCAGCGAGCCUAUGGAUUAUCCGCGGCCUACGUCGUUCGCUCCACCUCCUGUGGACUUCACCGGCUUCCACAUCAGCUCUGCUGCUGUCCCCCUUCAUACUCUCCCAAAACUGAUGGAGCCCGAGCGCCUCGGUCAUUCUCCUGGGCCACAAUUCGGACGACGAUCUGCGUCACCAAAUACACUUGGUCUUCCAAAGAAACGGACCCUCGCCGAAGCUUCAGAAGCGGAUCAAAUUUCCACUUCUUUGGAUUCCGGUUCCAAUCAGCUGCCGCCCAUUAUGUCUUCUGCCAAUCCAUCGCCCCAAGGCCGCCUGAGCUCGAUCUCCUCCAUUUUGAACCAGGCGGAUCCUCACGCCCGGUUGAAUCCCCCUCAUAUUGGCCGGUCUCAGGCAUACCAGCCCCCAAUGACCUCAGCACCGCACCAACCGCAGACUCUUCCCGGCAUUUCUUCUCUCUCAGAUCCUGUCGCCGACCGCGAACGUCGCGCCCGAUUGGAACGUGAAGCCGAACAGAUGCGCGAGAUGCUGCGUGCGAAGGAACGGGAACUGGCAGAGAUGCGCCACUAA